AUGAGGCUCUUGGUGUUGUUGACCGCGCUCUCGGUGACGGUGCACGCGUCCCAGGCGGAGAUCACCAGGAACAAGAAUCGCGGCAGGGGAUCCAUGUGGUGGGGCAUAGCUAAAGCCGGCGAGCCCAACAAUUUUUUGCCGAUGUCACCGGCUGCCUUGCCUAUGGAGCCCUCGCUUUACGGGACUCUUAGGAGAAAACAGAGGCGGCUGGCUAGGGAAAAUCCAGGGGUGCUGAUGGCAGUGGCCAGAGGCGCGAGUCAAGCCAUUAACGAAUGCCAGUACCAAUUUCGCAAUCGACGAUGGAAUUGCUCGACGAAGAAUUUCCUCAGAGGGAAAAAUCUCUUUGGCAAGAUCGUUGACAGGGGAUGUCGAGAGACCGCCUUCAUCUACGCCGUCACGAGCGCGGCUGUGACUCACAGCAUCGCGAGGGCAUGUAGCGAGGGCAGCAUACAGUCGUGUUCCUGCGACUAUACUCACCAAUCACGCUUAUCAUCCGCCACCGUUCGGGACUGGGAAUGGGGCGGUUGCUCGGACAACAUCGGGUACGGCUUCAAGUUCUCUCGCGAAUUCGUCGAUACCGGCGAACGGGGUCGGAAUCUGCGCGAGAAGAUGAAUCUGCACAACAAUGAGGCUGGUAGAGCGCACGUAUCCUCGGAGAUGCGGCAGGAGUGCAAGUGUCACGGCAUGUCGGGCUCGUGCACGGUGAAGACCUGCUGGAUGCGGCUGCCGAAUUUCCGAAUGGUCGGCGACACUCUGAAGGACCGCUUCGACGGCGCCUCUCGGGUGAUGGUCAGCAACUCGGACCGUACGCGCGGCAACAGCAACAGCAUCGGCAACUCCGCGAGCAACUCAGUCCACGACCACCGCGAGGGUCCGUUGCGCCGGCAUCGCUACAACUUCCAGCUGAAGCCGUACAACCCGGAGCACAAGCCGCCGGGGCCGAAGGACCUGGUCUACCUGGAGCCGUCGCCGCCGUUCUGCGAGAAGAACCCGAAACUCGGCAUCCUGGGCACCCACGGGCGGGCCUGCAACGACACCAGCAUCGGCGUCGACGGCUGCGACCUCAUGUGCUGCGGCAGGGGCUACGAGACGAAGGAGAUCAUGGCGGUCGAGAGGUGCGCCUGCACCUUCCACUGGUGCUGCGAGGUCAAGUGCCAAGUGUGUAGGACGAAAAAGAUUAUACACACAUGCCUGUAGAGGGAUUCAAACUCGGCUGGUCCCGCGAGCCUCGUGGGUGACGCGAGGUCGCAGAGGAGAAACUGAGCAUGCGAACUCGCGCUUUCCGUGAGAGAGAGAAAGAGAUCUCUCCGACGGUGUAACGACGCGCGAAGGUCGAAGGAUCCUGCUCUAAGGACGAGACUAUAUCUUCACUUCAGAAUCGAAAGACGCUGGCAGUCUCCUUUUCUCUCUUUCUCUGUCUCUUAAUCGCGCGUGUUCGCGAACGACCGGCGGUCUCGACCGACGCGAGAGGAUCCUCUACCGCGCGACUCGCCCGACAUGGCCGAGAAGCCCCGGAGACCCGCGCAGGAGCGCGCGCGGCCUCCUCGUCUCUCCAGUAUUACGCGAAACGAACGAAGACAAAGGAGAAAUCACGUAUAUUUAUUACGUCGCGUCGCGCGCGCGCGUACUAAAGACUGAGGCGCUGGGAGAAGCGUUCGCGCGAUCGUGUAGCGUUCUUAAGGCUUUUCUUUAUUAAGGCAGACCGGAAGAACCGUCGGAAGGAGCGCGUGGAAGCGAUGUAAAUAUGACCGGCUCGCAGACUCCUCCUUCGACGACGAGGGUCCCACUGGUCUCCGUCGGCCCGUGAAGCUGUGACGUGUAGUAGGAGGAAAUGAUUUCAGGCUACUACCGUUCGCCGGUCGCGCAAAACUACCUGUCUCAUUCGCUCUCACCGGGCGAAAUUCGGCGAGACCCGGUGGAGCCGGGCUCAAUGAAAUACUCAAGUACGAUUCGUCGGCGCUGAAAAGGUAAACGGUCACGGUUCCGUUCUUCUACCGAACGGUCGUCUAGGUGUUUUAUCCGCUUCUCCUGUUUUUACGAGAGACUCUACGUCGAGAUGAAACGAUAUUGUUAAAUAGGCCGAGAGCGACGAGGCCUUCGAUUAUUUUAUUUUCGCUGCAUACGAGACAUUCGUUCUAGGUAAUGUUCGGUGGCAACGCGAGCAUCGUGAUCUGGCAUCUCGUUGUCUCGUAAUCGUUAUUUAUUCGAAAAGGUUUCCGGCGCUUCUGGCACUCGUCUUCCCGCGAAGACGGGGGCACAAUACCCGAUUCCGAUCGCGUGCUUGUACAUACGUAGAUGAUAAUUAUAUAUAUUUCGCAGAGCUACGCGAGCCGAUCGGCGAUUCCGCAAUUCAUCUAAUAAAGGUCUAUUGUAAAUAUGUCUAUUAUAACUGUCGACCCUUCACGCGACGGUAACGACGCCCGGUGGCACCGAGUGUGGUAAAUUAUUUUUAUAUCUAUCUCGUGAUUCUCUUCUCCCCCUUUCCCCUUCGCCCUUCCCUCAUUUCCCCUCUAAAUGUGAAAGCGCGGACGUAGGAGAAAAAUAAAUAAAUAA